AUCGUAGUCACCCCGGCUGGUAGUGUAAACAAAUAUUGCAUCACGCAUGUGUCGCGGGUUGAGUUUCUCAAGUUUUCUUGCAAAUAUUAGAUUACAUUUUCAAGCAUGAGUCUAAUGGCCAAAGGAGCGGCUGAAGGGCCAGGUUUCAUUGGAAUUCGAUUUUGUCAAGAGUGCAAUAACAUGUUAUAUCCUCGAGAAGACAAGGAGAACAAGAUAUUGCUGUAUGCUUGCCGAAACUGUGAUUACAAGAUGCCAACAGAAAAUAAUUGCAUUUACGUAAAUAAGCUCAUGCACGAGAUCGACGAACUGCGUCACAUUAAUCCAGAAGUUGUACAGGACCCGACACUACCUCGCACUGACGACCAUCCUUGCCCUCGAUGUAAUACACGUGAUGCAGUAUUCUUUCAAGCACAAACCAGGAGAGCUGAAGAUGAGAUGAGACUGUAUUAUGUGUGUUGCAACACUGAGUGUACACACCGCUGGACGGAGUGAAUUUCUGAUUCUUUAGGAUUAUUCAUUUUGCACACAGCUUUCUUGGUGAAUAAACUAAUUAAUUUAGGAUAUGCAGUUUCUACUCUAUUUGGAAGAGUAAUAUAGUUUCAUUUAAUUUAUGGAUUUUUUUGCCAUGGUAGAUUAUGUAUAGCUGUAGGACCAUAACUUCUGAUUGGAAAAAUUGCCAAGGAGUUUCUGUUUACCAUUGCUUUGGUUUACUCUAACCAAAAACUUUCCAAAUUGGAUUCAAGGCCUUAUUGAGUUUAAUAUUUACCAGAAUAUCAUUUUGUUUUACCAGAAUAAAGAAAACUUACCAGAA